AUGACAAGGAGAGAGAAUGAGACCAGAGUUUCUGAAUUUCUCCUCCAGGGGUUCCCUGUUCCACCUGAACGUCAGGGUUCGUUCUUCAUACUCUUCCUGGUCAUGUACCUCACCACAAUGUUGGGAAACCUGCUCAUCAUCCUGCUGAUCCGGAUGGACACUCGCCUCCACACGCCCAUGUACUUCUUCCUCAGUGUCUUGGCCUUCAAUGAUGUGACGUUCUCAUCUGUCACUGUCCCCAAAAUGUUGAUGGACAUGAAGACGAAUCACAAAUCUAUCCCCUAUGCAGGGUGCAUUUCUCAGGUGUUUUUUUUAAUACUCUUUGCUUGUACUGAAAACUUCCUUCUUUCAGUGAUGGCCUAUGACAGGUAUGUGGCCAUCUGUCAGCCACUCCACUACACAACCAUCAUGAGACAUGAGCGAUGUGUUGCUCUAGUAGCGACAUCUUUGAUCCUCAGUUUCUUCCACUCUUUGUUGCACACCCUCCUUUUAGCCAGAGUUUCCUUCUGUGUCAACGUUACCAUCCCCCACUUCUUCUGUGAACUCACUCCAGUCCUGGAGAUAAGCUGUUCAGACAUUUCACUCAAUGACAUGGUCAUUUUCAUUGAGGGAGGGAUUUCUUUUUAUGUGCCAUUCAUCAGUAUCUUGGGCACUUAUAUCCGCAUAUGGGCCACUGUCCUGAGGAAUCCCUCUGCUAAGAAAUUUUUCAAAGUCCUUUCCACCUGUGGUUCCCAUCUCCUUGUUGUGUCUUUAUUUUAUGGAACCAUUCUUAAAGUUUAUUUUUUAUCCUCCUCAUCUGUCACAAAAAGUAAAGACAUAAUUGCAUCCCUGAUGUACAUGAUAGUCACCCCCAUGCUGAACCCUUUUAUCUACAGCUUGAGAAACAGAGAUAUAAAACAAGCCCUAAAUUUGCUCGCUAAGAAAGUCAAAUUUCUGAGCAGAAACUCUAGAGGUUAA